AGCGCGCAGCGGAGAGCGGCUCAGCAGCUUCGGUCCCAGCUGAGAAUAUGGUCCCAUUAUCUCCCAGCUGCCUAACCAAUCCAUAAGGGCCUGUUCGGAGAGGAUGAUCAGUGUAGGGGAAGGAGGGACUUGCUGAGAGCUGAAAUCUCUGUUUGAUUUGCUGUAACAUGUAAGACGAACCGGGAAGUUUUACUUUACAGCCUAUUAAAGGUUGCACAAAGCUUAAAAGGAACAGAAGCAGCAGUUCUAUUCACUUGUUAUUGGACUUGAAACUCCUUUGACCUCGGAAACUGAAGAUGAGGUUGCCAUGGGAACUGCUAGUGCUGCAAUCAUUCAUGUUGUGCCUUGCAGAUGACUACACACUGCAUGGCCCAGUUUUUGUACAGGAACCAAGUCAUGUCAUGUUUCCUUUGGACUCUGAGGAGAAAAAAGUGAAACUCAGUUGUGAAGUUAAAGGGAAUCCGAAGCCUCACAUCAGGUGGAAGUUAAAUGGAACAGAUGUUGACAUUGGUAUGGAUUUCCGCUACAGUGUUGUUGACGGCAGCUUGUUGAUCAAUAACCCCAAUAAAACCCAAGAUGCUGGAACGUACCAGUGCAUAGCAACAAACUCGUUUGGAACAAUUGUAAGCAGAGAAGCAAAGCUUCAGUUUGCUUGUAAGUAG